AUGUCAUCAUCACGGGCCCAGCCAGUUUUUGAGCCCAUUUCGCGGGAUCUCACCGACCCUGUGUAUCCAGACAAUCCCUCAAAAUCAUCCAUUGAAAAUAACAGGCCAAUUCGGGGUGACCUGGAAGCUAUCCAACCGGAAAAUUUUGACCCUCGCGUCCCAUACGGAUGGGGAUUCUUCAUUUACCGUGCCGUUUUUGGCGACGGGACCGAUGCUCGUUUUGCUGAGGGCCUGAAUCGCCUUGAGAAAUGGCUCAGAUGGGAGGCUAGGGACUCGCGUUAUAACAGCGACGACGAGGCAGCCAGAUGGGAGGAAUACCCAGACUAUAUGCCAGCGCCUGGUGAACCUGAUGUUACGAAUGAAGUCGCAGCGCGAAUGUGGAAUGAGGUGGUAGAAGAAUACCCAGACGCCCAGGAAAUGAUUACCGAGCCAGAAGGCAGCGAGGAUUUCAGUCCCAUUGGCCGAGACUUCGCCGCUAGAGUAGAGUCUUUCAACAUCAACACCGGCCCGCAGUACGAGGAGGACCGCCGGAGAAACAUGCGCUAUGAGACUUGCUUGAUAAUUGACGGAAGAGUCCUUGAAAUGCUCGAGGGGCUUCCAGCAGACACCCCGCCAGUGGUGCCUCUUCCCAUAUUUAGCCCUGAAAGCGAGCAAGUGGCACAGAUUCUCCGCGAUAACUGGGUAUGGAUCCUGGAUCGAGAAACCGCCAUCGACAGGGAGGAGGGGGAUGUGCAAGAAUUCCCUCCUUGGAUCCGCAUCCGAUUGAGGUCAUUACGGUUCCUUUUUUUCGAGAGUGCUUUGGGCUACGUUACCACCGACUGGCAAUCUUUGGUAGAAGAAGACAAGAAAAACUGGGAUACCAUGCGAUGGUGGAGUACAUUAGCACGCACUAGUAAUGAGAUCAGACGGGCAUCCCGUGCUGCAUCUUCGAAUACAAUGGUUUUAUUCUAA